AUGAGCGGGCAAACGGUGAUGAAUGAGUUACCGGGCACAGCGCGCCUUUCCUCUGAGCUCUGCGCCACUUUCUCAGAGUACCUGGAGAGCGCCUACCCGCACUCCAGACCCUUCUCGUGGAAUGAGGCUGCCCAGCUACUCAGUGCCUUCACUGGCGCCUCUGUUCACCGUAUAGCGGCUGCACUGGGUUGGGCAACCACAUGCGAGAAGACCACCGUAUCCAAAGAUGACCUGCAUUCGUCUCUGGAGCAGUUGAUGCGAACCGACGGCUCCAUCGAUGCGUGGUGGAACUCCCCAGGGGUUACCAUGCCGGAGCUCACAAGCGCAGUGGAUGAAGAGGUGAGUGAGGGAGCGGGCUCGACAAAGCAUCGUGGGUGGGAGAGCCUCACCUCGGUGCAAGCACGCUCGCACCGACCCCUGCCGCCGGGAUCGACGUCUACGGAGGGGCCGCAUGACAGCAAAAUGGGCGAGUCGUCGGGGCAGCCAUCGCUACACCCCACACUGAACAGCUGGGGAAGACGGGACAGCAAGCGCUCAGGCACCUGCUCCGUCCCCAGUGUCUUGUCGGACCCGCCCUACAGCACCGCCGCAUCGAUGGAGUGCGUGGUGGCUGCAGCACUGGGAGAGUUGGAUUUGUACGUGGAGGAUGAGCAGCGCUCGAUUCAGUUCCACCCAGACCGUCGGUCACUCCGCUUUCCCAGCGAAGUUUGGAAUGAGACAGAUCGCUUUGGCGUGGCUGCUGUCCAACGCUGGCGAGUCGGGGACCGCUCCCACAGCCCUUCUCCGGUGCACCCUGCAGGCAAACAAGCAGCGCGUCCCCCGCGUUUGCCAGUCGCACCCACGUCCACCCUGGCGGAGCUGGACCGCUUUGUGCACCGCGGCAAGACCGCAAAGGUGUGUAAGCAGUUCGUGCAGACAGGCCGCUGCACAUUUGGCGCGCGUUGCCUGUAUCACCAUCCCACUGCAGUCGCCGCAGCACCGAAUGAGUCGCAUGUCGUUCCGCAAAGGGUUCCCUGA